AGGUCAGCGUGCUGAACCCGCUUUGAACUAGUUUCCUCUCCUCUUCUGUGCUUCAUAUCCAAGGAGGCAAAAGCAGAGAAGUUAGAACAAGUUCUCACCAUGGAAGUAGUGCUUCACUCAGAACCUUCUCUCUCCCAUUCUCAUAUGAUCUUCACCAGCAAAACGCGAAACUUCACUCAUGCCUGGGUUCAGCCAUUUCAAAAACUCCGUAUCAGAGAUCGUGAUCGGUGGAUUGGACGAAAGCUUCGUUUUACAGUACAAGCUACAUUGGAUUCGGCCAUUAUCGAACAAUUAGGGAUUACGGAAUUUGAUAUUAGGAAUCCGGCUUUGUCUUCUUCGUAUCGCAGUUCGGCAUUGCCGAAACCGAAUCAAACAGUCUUGGAAGCUCAAGCUAGGGUUUGUACUGGGCCUACACAGACCAGGCCGCUUGGAGAGGAUCAGGCUUUUAAGGUUCUCGAUACAAUUUUAAGAUCAGCUAGGGGAGAGCUCAAAGAUGAAGAUAAAGUUUCUGGAGCACAACUUGGGGCAUUUUUUGCUGGCAUGACGAUCCGUGCAAAUGCCUUUCCUGAAGCAACCCAAUGGAGUGAAGGAGAAACGCGGGCGAUGAAGACGCUCUGGCCGCUUCUGGUUCGAGUGCUUCCAUCUGAUGUAAUAUUCAUAGCUGAUCCUGAAGGAUCCAUAAUGGGGGUCGGAAGUUCUAUUGGACCACAAUAUGUUGGAAAUAGCACAAGUGAAAUGAGAUUGGUUGGUGCUCUCAGGGAAGUAUUAGCCGGAGGCCAUCUUGGAUAUGAGGAAGUCCAAGGAGUAUUAAGAGAAGUUCUUCCCUUCAAGGAUGGAGGAGAAUCACAAGGAGUAAGUGAUGCAUUGCUAUCAGCAUUUUUAAUUGGUCAACGUAUGAACAGGGAGACUGACCGUGAACUAAAAGCAUAUUGUCUUGCAUUUGAUGAUGAAAAUGGUCCCACUCCUGUUGCUGAUGUCACAUCUUUGACACAUUAUGGUGAACCUUAUGAUGGAAAUACACGAUUCUUCAGGAGCACAUUAUUUGUCUCUGCUGUUAGAUCCUGCUAUGGAGAAUCUUGCUUGCUUCACGGAGUAGAAUGGAUGCCACCUAAAGGGGGUGUUAAUGAAGAGCAAAUGCUGAAGUAUAUGGGGGCUAAUACCCACUUAUCCCCAUUGCAGGCCAAAAAACUUCUUGAGGAUGAAGAGGUUGGUUUUGCUUAUAUAAGUCAGCGUGAAGCUCACCCAUCUCUCUACUCAUUAAUCGUUUUCUGCAGCUACUCAUUAAUCGGAAUGAGGGAGCACAUAAAAAAACGUCCUCCACUUGCAACAACUGAAAAGGUUCAGCAACUUGUAAAGGCUCGUGGCAGGGAUGCGAUUGUUGCUGGGUUUUAUCAUGAGGGUUAUGAAGAGCCAUUGUUAAUGCUCAUGAAAAGAAGGGGUGUUCAUUCUGGUUUGGUGGUGAAGGGUGAGGAAGGUGCCCUCUCAAUGACAACAAGGUUGAGGUCAGUUAGCACAACUAAAGGACUUCCUGUGAACUAUUGUUCAGGGUUCCGCUCGCUGAACAUUUCAUCUACAUCUGAACUUGGUGGAGUCUCACGUCAAGUUUUUACUCUUGAGGUCAAUGCCCAAGACUAUGGUUUUCAACCAACAGAUACUCCGAGAACUGAUAGAUCGGUCUCGAAGAACAUUGAAUUGGGUUUAGCAGCUCUUGGUGGAGAAAAGGGUCCAGCAUAUGAUCGAAUUGUCUUAAACGCUGGUAUGGUGGACCACUUGCUUGGAGUUGAUGGUGCUGAAGACAUAUCCGUGGCCCUAGAUAGAGCAAGAGAGGCCAUUGACAGUGGUAAUGCUCUUAAACGGCUCUUAAACUAUAUUAAGAUUUCCCACAAAGUGGAUUAAACUAGCCCCGGCUGGUAGAGGUACAUGUCAUUUGCAAUGCUCUUGAUAUGGUGAUCAUGGUUGGAAGAGGAAGCAAAAUUGUCAGAUGGAUAAACCUUAAUCCAAAAUAUGGACGAAGGAAAGGAAGCAUUAAAAGGGAAGGGGAAGUGAGAGAUACAAAGACUCAGUUCUUUAACACGUCAUUCUGUACUUCACGUUACCCUUUGUAUAGAUAUACCUCAUGACAAGGAAUCACGAGUGGUUUUGAGCCUUAAUGAACUGCCAGGUAGCAUUGUCAUAAAGUACUAAAAACGUCGUACAGUCUUUUUUUAUCUUUUUUUCUUUCUUUGGUGAUAACUUCAUACAGUCAAUUUUUGGAUAUUCUCGUGUUAGACGGUUCUUCGUGAAAAGACUGUAAAGAUUUGUAAUUUCUUCCUGGAUUUGCUCAUACACAUUGAAGCUUUGUUUUGAUUAUAUGGGGAUUGGAUUUUUCUUUU